AUGCAGUUUCCCGCGGUAUUCUCCAUGGUUCUCGCCGUCGCCUCUCUCGGCGCCUUCGUCCAGGCUCGCCCGUCUCCCUGUCCCGAUUGGAAGCGAGAUGACAUCCUCAACGGCAAGGCCAGCCCUGAGAUUUGCUGCUCAUACGGCGUCUGCAAGGGCGACGUCGUCGUCAUGAGCGGUUGA